CGCUGACGCCGGCUCGUGCACUGCAGGGGGUGGCACGAGAGCGGCCGGCGCACGCGCGCACAGAGCGGUUCGGAGCAGGGGAGGCGGUUGCUCCGUGUGUGCCUCGCGGGCACCUCCCCCGCCCCUGUCUCAGGUGAUGCUGGCGGCUGGGGCGAUGAUGAGGAAGAGGCUGAGAAGGGAGGCGGGGGCCUCCCGCCCUGCUGCCCCCCGCCUCUCGCCCACCGGGUCCGGCUCGGAGCCCCGCCGACCCGUCCCCUGCCCCUGAGGAGGCUCCGGGCCGAGCCGGAGGCGGCGAGCCAGCGGCCCCCUCCACGCCCCGUCUCCGUCCUCAAUGUCUCCCCCGCCGCGGGGAGGCUGCUGCCGCCUUGGAGUCCAGCCGCCCCGGCCCCCUCUCCGUAGCCGCCCCCUCGCCGCCCUCCCCUUCGGCCCGCAGCAGCCGCCUGGGCGCGGAAGGAGCCCGGCCUCCCGCCCGACCCCGCGGCCCGGCCGCCGCCAGCCCCUGGCGGCCGAGGAGCAGCGGAGGAGGCGCAGAGACCCCCGGGGAAGAUGAAGGCGGAAGCGGGAGACAACUCCAUGAUCAACCUGUCGGUGCAGCAAGUGCUGAGUCUGUGGGCGCACGGUACCGUGCUGCGGAGCCUCACCGAGAUGUGGUACUGGGUUUUCCUAUGGGCUCUCUUCUCCUCUCUCUUUGUCCAUGGUGCUGUGGGAGUGUUAAUGUUUGUGAUGCUGCAGAGGCAUAGGCAGGGGAGACUAAUCUCUGUCAUUGUGGUCAGCAUUGGAUUUCUGGGUUCUGUAUCUGGAGCAAUGAUAACCAGUGCAGCAGUAGCUGGAAUUUACAGAGUAGCAGGGAAGAACAUGGCUCCUUUGGAAGCACUGGUAUUUGGAGUUGGACAGACAGUACUGACAUUGAUUAUCUCAUUUUCAAGAAUUCUUGCUACACUUUGAGACUUCUGUGAAAAUAGUCAGUUGAUAUAAGGAAACCUUUUGUCUGCAGAGAAGCUCCCUGAAAGUGGCUUCAGUGACUGGUGGACAUGGAUUAGUGCAACAGGAAGCAUAUGGGAUCUGUACUUCAAAUCUAGUUCAGUUAAGAGGGAAAGGACUGCCCUCUAGUGUCCACACUGUUGUACUACUGCUCUGCACCUUAUGUGCCUCAGUCACAGGGAAGGUGCAAUUAAUGGAUAUGAAGCUGUGAGAUAAAGCACCUUGAAGAGCUGCCAAUCAGGUUAACACUUGAUGAUGAGAUCAUUGUUCUUAACAAUGUUGAAAUACAGGGACAUUUCUGAAGAAUCGGUAAAUGUGCCAAACUUGAAGUUUAAUUUUUUAACUAUUGAUAGUGUGAACAUUUGAAGAUGAGUGCUGUGAAUAUAUUCCACAUUAAUUCAGGUAAACUAGUAAGGUACUUGCAUUUCUUUAACUGAAACCUACUCAGUGCUGAGUGUUACCCCAUUCAGCAUAUGAAGUAACUACUUGGUUUUUGAACUGUACAUGAGUAUUACUGGGAUAUAGGACUGCAGCAGGUCUAUUCAUAAAAUUAAUGUGGUUAGCACUAUAUGUAGGAGAUCUUUAGUGAAGCAAUUCUGUGAGGUUCACCAUGUAUAGAAAAGAGAUUUAAUGGUUUUAUUUCUACAUACUUAGUAUUUUCUCAGUCCCAAAUCAUCAAGCAGACUGAGAGUAAGGCAAACUAAGUACAAUCUAUUAUGUGAAUUGAGAAAUGAAAUUUAAAUUAUUUCUUUAUUCAUACGUUAUUUUGUUUGAAAUGUAGGUAUUCAUUAAUCCUUCUGAAAAAGGUACUUGCUGUUUAUCUUCAAGGAAAUAAGUUGUUUCCAGUGUGAUGUCAGAGAAGUUACUUGUUGCAAUUAAAUCUUUUUAAUGAUAUUUAAAAACCAGAACCAGUCUUUAAUUCUGAAACAUCUGAUGUUUAAAACAUGGCCUAAUCUAGGCUCUGAAAGAGAGUAACAAAACAAGUAAAGAAACAAUAAAGAAAAUUGAAAGGGAUUUUAAGAAAUAUUUUGUGUGUGGUACAUGAUUGUGCCGGUAUUCUGCUGAACAAAAAUGGUAAGUUUAAUGUUAAGAUCCGGACCAUCAGUAUCAAAACUCGGACAGUAGUGUAAUGCAUAUACUUCCUCAUUUCUGAACACAUUUUAUCUUUGGGAUAAUUAGAUAUGUGGAGUUUUCAGAUAUUUAGCUUUCAGUAGACUUGUGUUCGUUCUUCUUUAAAAGGAACAGUGGUGAUGUGCAUGUAAAAUGCACAUAUAAAAUGUUUCAAAGUGAAUAGAAAUUUUAAAAUAUUACAGGAGUGUAGAAUUCAGAAGGGCCAAGAAGGUCUGUGUGAGGAAAGAGGGAAUCAUUCAUAUCCUGCUUCAAUGGAGUACUUUACAACAGUUGAAUAAAUGUGUGCAUAGAGAGAGACGGCUUAUGCACCAAAGAUGUUGCUGUCAUGAUGUCCAAGAUUAUUCCAGGCCUGCUGAAACAGUAGUACUUGCAGCACUAUCAAAAGGAUACCGUCACAAUGGUUACUUAAAAAUUACUUUGCUCACUACUUCAAAAUACAAUAAAUUAAAAUCUGAUUUUACCAUUAUUUCGUCCAUAUACAUUGGUUUAUCAAUUAUUAUUCAUACUUGGAAGGCUGCUGAUAUUAAUAACUUUGUUCUUCAAAAACACUUAUUUUUGUUUGUGGAAAAUAUGGAGAGCUACAUGGACUUUCCAAACAUAGGAGAGAACACAAGUCAAAAUAUAGGUAUAUAAAUCUUGACAGUGUUCAUUUAAGUAUUUUGGCUUUGAAUCUGCUUUUUUAACACACACACGUGUCAAUGUGUCCUUUUUGGAUUAUUGUGAAUGUCUUCAAAUACUAAUUCAUUUUUUCAGUUAAUUUUUUUCUUCCCACCUGAUACUUUGUCAUAAAAAGAUGAUGCAGUUUAGUAGAUAUAGAGAUUAUUUUCCAGGACAACAUUAAAUUACUUCUCCAUAUUUGUAGAUAAUGAUUUAAAUUUUUGUCAUUAACUUAAUAUAUGAAAAAAUAAUUGAUUGCAGGUUGUCAAGUCACUGACUUAAAAAAAACUUAGUAUAAAUAAAAUAACUGAAGUUAUAUUCCUUUUAAUUUAAUGUGCCUUGGAGAGAGAGAUUUUAGGGGAAGGAAUUUAAAUAAUUUUACUGUUCUCUUACUGCUUGUUCUCAUGUUGCUUUUACUAACAGAUUUGGUUAUCUGAUGCAAUGGUUUAAUCAACAGAAGUAUUGGGAGGAAUAAUGAAUUCUUAUGACAUGACAAAAUCUGGAACCACAUUUUAUCUGGAUCUAAAAAUUCCUUUCUUAAAGCAUAGUCUUCAGUAACUUUAAUUUCAAGACUUUUUAGCUUUCUCUAGAAAGCUGCAUCUUAGACUUUAGAUUUUUUUUGCACAUCUAACUAACUUGCUGUUCAAUUCAUAACAUUGUCGUCUUAUGACAAUUCAACAUCUUCAGUCUCACUGUAUUAAACCAAUGACUACGAAAGAAGCCAUUACUAAAUUCAGAAGUUUGAAUGAAAAUUCAGAUUUCACUGAAUGGUGAACUGUGCUUUUCACCUCAAUUGAGGUGCCAGUGAAGUGUUUGCUAAUGUGCGCCUCCUUAUGAUAUAGGUCAGUAUUUUUCAUAUGAAGGAAACCUCUGCAAUAUUAGGACCAGCUGUUGAAUGCUCUUAAACCUAAUACAUGCUUGAGCUAAAAAAAUACAUACGUUGCAUACAGAAUUGUCACUCUCUAAAAUAUGGUGUGAGUUGCUCAGUUGUCUAUAUGUACUGUAUGGUAUUAAUGCUUAGCAACAGUAGGCAGUCAGACCAUUCAAUAUAAUGUCCAAGUGGCUCACCAGAUGUCAAUAGGACAAAACUAUCUUCUCCGAGGGAGAAUUCUUGUUAACUGCUUUCCUGUGUGGGGGAUAUAUGAGGAUGAAUAGCUUGUCACAAAGUACAGUAUUAACUUACUGCCUUUCCAUAUUAAAAUACAGUAUUUGAAUGAGCAAGCAGUUACCAGUGGGGAAAACAUCUUAAGUAGCCUUAUGCCUUUGAAAGAAAUAGAUCAGUUUCAGCGCUGAAGUUUUAUUCCAAUGACUGCUUUGGGGGGUUGGAUGGCUGUUGCACUCUUUGGCCCUUAUUAUAAAAAAUGGCUGUAGUCAAAAUGAAAUGUAUGCACGUAAUAAUUGGGAAUGGUCUUUUUAUAAUCAGUCUUGUGAAAAAUGUAUUCUAGAAUUUAUGCACGCUAGUAAUUCACCCAACCUCUCAGAGUAAAUUUCUUGGGACAGUGUUAUUUCUUUUAUUGUAAUAGUACUGUGCAGUAUUUCAGGCCAAAGGCAUCUUUUAUAUGAAUGGCACUAAAUGGAUACCCUUGAUGUUGUUGUUCGCUAUUUUCACAGUAGUGUAGAAGUGCAACAUAUCUACACAAUUCUGGUCUUUGGAAAAACGACUGAAUAUGGUAAUUGCUGUGAAGAAACUUCAACCACUUUCUUGUAACUUUAAGAUAGAAACUCUGUUGUUUUUUCAAGAUUUAAAUACCAGUUCUAUUUGAUUAUUAGCUAUGCAUCACUAUUUAAAAAAAUAAUAAUUCUGUUUUCGGAUAGCCAGAAUAGCUGUAUUAUAUGAAGAAAAUAUUCCAAAUCUUUUUAAUUUUUGGUGAUAAUCUUCUUAUGUUUGUUGAACUGAUCUCUGUGUACCAUGGUUAGCCGUGUAAUUCUGGGCAUACUCCUCAAUUGUUUCCAGCAACAAAUGACAGUAGUUAAACCAGUUUUAAUGUACAAACACAGGGACCAAAGAGUGAUUUAAAGAUACUCCUGUCUUUAUCUGUAAUGUUACAUAGCAGUAUAAAUAUAUUUCUAAUGUUCAUUGAAUUGUGAUUGUUUUAAUCUAAGGGAAAUAGUGAUUCUUUGUUAGUUUUGCACUUGACUAUUUUUUUGUUUUAGUAUAAUCAGUUGAUUUUUGAAUUACAUUUGUGUAUUUUUUGUUGUAUAUAGUACCAUCUAGUAAAUAGCUUUUUCUAUUAUCAUACCUGUUGUUUAGAAAAUCUGUCCUUGUUUGUAAACUGUUCUUCUUUUUCACUUGCAUGUGUAUUUUUACAUUUCAUUCACUGAGCAUAUUUUAAUAUGCUUUUAAUACAUUAAAACUUAAUACUGCACCAUUA